AAGAACCUCACAAUUGAGCCUUAAACCAGAUUUACACUUUUCCUUUCUUUAGUUUAUUUUAUAAAUAAUAAAUUUCAUUAUACAUUUUGACUUUCCUCCUUAGUUCUCAUCAAAUUUGUCAAGCAUUGGGCAUCACCAUCGCCCACAACCACCAGCAUCAAUAACAUUUACUCUGGUGCGUUUGUUUGUUUGGAAGUAAAACAUUUUCUGGAAAAGCUUUUCAGCCUUUUUCAGUGUUUGUUUGGCUAAAAUAUUUUCCUAAUGUAAAAUCUUUUACAAAACACAGUAAAUGAGAUGAGUAUUUUAGGGAAAAUGUCUUACAGAUUUUUAAUCGGCGAUGUGUUGAUUGCAAAAAUGUAGGGAAGUCUUUCGGCUCUGUUUCAUGCUUGCUUUGCCUCGAAACGGUUACUAAUAAUGGGGAUCAGUCGUGGGCUAAGCUUCAAUGUGGGCAUCAAUUUCAUUUGAUGCAUUGGCCUGAGAGCUCUGGUUUUGGUGAUGCAACUGAUCCGCCUUUGAAGUCUGGGAGUGAGCAUAGGCAGUUUCUGAAUCGCCUCAAGAAGGUAUGGAAGGCCAUGGAAGGCGUAGUCGAUUCUGGUUUAGUUCAAGCUAUCGGUGUUAGCAAUUUCGGUGUUCAGCAGAUCAAAGAAUUGAUUAAAUUCGCAAAAAUCGUACCUGCUGUUAAUCAGGUGGAGUUGCAUCCUUUUUGGAGGCAAGAUGAGGUGAAGUUCUGCCAAAUGAAGUGUAUCCAUGUAUCGGCUCAUACACUUUUGGGAGUACCUACUUCAAGUCCUGGAGUGUCCGAUAGUGGAUCGGGUGGGGAAGGUGAACCCGGAACUCCUCGGGUUUCAUUUUGGAGGUCUAGAUCAGUACAUGGACCGAUGCUGAAAUUAUCAAUUGUUGGAGAGAUAGCAGAUAGGCACAAAAAGACACCUGAGUAGGUAAUUCUACCAUGUAGCCUAAAACCCGACAGGAUAAAGCAAAACAUUGACAUAUUUAACUGGUCUCUGUCAGAUGAUGAGUGGAACCACUUGAAUCGGAUUGAACCACAGGUAAUUUUAUAUGGAGAUGGUCCUUUGAACAAUCUCUCUGAUCGAGGCUUCAUGUUGGUAGUGGUCCUCUUCAAGCUGUUCGAGAAAUAGAAGAUGACGCUGUAUUCAAUGCCUAAUAUGUUGUGAGCAUGUUGUUCUAAGGAUAAUGUCCCGGUUUUACAUUCAAUCAUGUCAUUGCUCGGUUAUAAUAUUUGCUGUUGCGUCGCCAUCAUUAGCAUAACUUUGAGUUUGUUGACGAUGGAUAGAAAGUCAAAGAGAAGAACAUUGUAAUUGAUCUGUAGUUGCAGGUUUUACUUUUUAUAUGAACAAAUGGUGUUUCAUAUAUAUGUGUGCACACGUGUUUUGUUUGUAAAACAUCAUUUGUGCUCUUCUUCUUAGCUUCAUGAAUGCACAAAUCAAUUAAAACUCAGAGCCAUUUGUUUGCUUAAAA